AUACGAAUUUUGGCGGAAGUUCUUCUUACGUCAAACGCCAAACUUUCUUUCCGUCGACAAGUUUUCUGUGGACGCAAGUUCCAGCUUGUAUUUAAGUAAAAUUUCACCAUGAGUGAAGUAGCUGAACCGCAGCAGUUUGAAACGUUCGAGGAGACCCCACCGGAGACUCCCGCCAUGCAGGUGGAGGAGCACACGGUGGUGGCACAACCAGCCGAACUCCCGGACAUCAAACUCUUUGGGCGCUGGAGUUGCGACGAUGUCCAUGUGUCCGACAUGUCCCUUCAGGACUACAUUGCCGUUAAGGAAAAGUACGCGAGGUAUUUGCCCCAUUCAGCUGGCCGAUAUGCCGCCAAGCGCUUCAGGAAGGCUCAAUGCCCCAUUGUUGAGCGCCUCACCAAUUCCCUCAUGAUGAAGGGACGCAACAACGGCAAGAAACUCAUGGCCGUGCGUAUUGUUAAGCACGCCUUUGAGAUCAUUCACCUUCUCACCGGAGAGAAUCCUCUUCAGAUUCUCGUGACAGCCAUCAUCAACUGCGGCCCCCGUGAGGACUCCACGCGUAUUGGUCGUGCCGGUACUGUCCGUCGGCAGGCUGUGGAUGUUUCACCGCUUCGUCGUGUGAAUCAGGCCAUCUGGCUGCUCUGCACAGGAGCCCGUGAGGCUGCUUUCCGGAACAUCAAAUCCAUUGCCGAAUGCUUGGCUGACGAGCUCAUUAAUGCUGAGAAGGGUUCAUCCAACUCGUAUGCGAUCAAGAAGAAGGACGAACUGGAGCGUGUCGCCAAAUCAAACAGAUAAGAAAAUCCACACACUUACAACGGAUUUGUUGUAAUGUAAAAUGGAAGUUCGUGAAUAAAAAAAUCCGACAUUUCCAUAAAAAAAAUACUAAAAA